AACUUUGUUUUUGGGUAUAUAUAAUUUUUUAAGAAGUAGGUUAUAAGGUCACGGCGCCACGGGGAUGAGGUCAAUGGUCACAUCGCCAUCUUCUCGACGAACGUCCCCGUCACCGUGUAGACGAGGUCAAAGUAAGAAAAUGUAAAUUGUACCACGAUAUCUUGGAGUCUUUCAUUCUGCUCUAAACUGUUGACUUGGGUGGAUUAUUUUCCAAAAAGUAUUGCGUCUCACGGUCCAGUCAGAUCUAAGAGAAAGUCUUUUCCCUAAAAAUGGAGGAUAAAAUUCUGAAACCUGGUAGAGGAAGGGCUCGGGGGAGGGCAAGGAUGCCUGGCGAAGCUCCUGCACCUGGAUCUGGUCCUAGUGGUCCUACAACUGGACCUGGAGUUGAGGAAAGAAUGGCACACGUUGGCAUACAAGAAGAGACAUCCAGAGUGUCACAGGCCCCUCCGGAUGCCCGAUUUAUAAAGGAUGAGCAAGAAAAGAGGUGGACGGACUUUCGAAGGGCGCGCGACUAUUUGGAAACGAGACCAGAGCACAUCAUUUCUAAGAAAGGAGACGGAGGUCGUGCCAUUUCACUAGCGGCUAACUAUUUCACUAUUCAGCUACGAAAAAUGGAGCAAUGGCGAUUAAACCAGUACAGAAUUGAUUUUGAGCCAGACCAAGACUCAAAACGCAUCAGGAAAGUUUUAAUCAGACAACUAAAAGACAUGUUUUCUUCAUCCGGCUACAUUUAUGAUGGUGGUCAUAUGCUAUUUUCCACCCUGGCAUUACCAGCAGAUCCGACCAUAACUUCGGCAGUCUAUUCCGAUAAAGGGAUUGAUAUCCCACACACGGUAACCUUCAAAAUCGUGAAGGAUAUUCCAUGGAAUGAUGCCGACAUGAUUCAUUUCUACAACAUUGUCACCAGAGUAAUUUUGGAGAAACUUGAUUUAACUUUGUUUGGUCGUUUCUACUACGACCCUACUCUCGUACACACAAUGUCCAACUACCGUCUGACCGUCUGGCCCGGGUAUAAAACAGUGCUCCGCCCGUUUGAAAACAGCCUCAUGAUGAAUGUGGAAAUGGUCAGCAAAGUCAUCCGAUCAGACACUGUCUUACAAAUGAUGCAGAAUAUCAAAAAAGCAUCAGCACCUGGGUCAAACGUUCAAGCAUUGGUGGAACAAAUGAUUGUAGGAACGAUUGUAAUGACUGAGUUCAAUCGAAAAACAUACCGAAUCUCCGAAGUGGAUUGGGGAAAGAAGGUUACAAACACUUUCACCACAAGAGAUGGAGAGAUAACUUUUGUAGACUAUUACGAGAAAAAAUAUGGGAUCAAGAUUACAAAUUUCACUCAGCCUUUGCUGGUCUCCCCUCCUUUGAAAAGAGACAUCCGUCGGGGGGACACGGAGCCCAAGUUACUCGUUCCCGAACUUUGUGUUAUGACCGGACUUACGGACGACAUGAGGAAUAAUUUUCAACUGAUGCGUGACCUCAAGAGUCACCUAAUUGUGGAUCCUUAUAAACGGGUCGAUCAGAUCCAGACCUUCAUGAAACGGAUUGUAGAUAAUCCAGAAAUCCGUGCAACCAUGGCGGACCAAUGGGGAAUUCGAGUCCCGGCGAAUGACAUGGUCAAAAUCAACGGUAGAGUACUUCCCCCAGAACGAAUAAUGUUUGGGCAAAAUCAAGACUUUUUGGACGAAAGCAAACCUGCAGACUGGACGAAUGCUUUUCGAUCAAGAAAGGUUUUCAUCGCCGUGCCCUGCAUUAACUGGGCGGUUUUGGUGUCGUCCAGAGAUGCUGCUGCUGUUGAUAACAUGAUUUCCACACUGCAGAAAGUCGGGAAUCCGUUAGGUUACCAAAUCUCCCGACCAUUCAAGAAAAUUGUUGCUGGAUCAAAUGCACGAGCGUUUGAACAAGCCAUUGAUGAGGUAAUGUCACAUUUCAAAGGGGUGAUCGACAUGAUUUUCAUAGUGCUUCCAAGUCCACAAGCCAACUUAUAUGCCGCUGUUAAGAAGAGAUGUGCUGUAGAUUAUGGAGUUUCGUCUCAAUGUUGCUUGUCCAAGAAUGUGCAAAAAGCCAACAUGAGUGUUUGCACUAAAAUUGCAAUUCAGAUGAUUGCUAAGCAGGGAGGAGAACCGUGGGGCUGUAGCAAUCCGCUCGGGAAAGCGAACUUGAUGGUUGUUGGAUACGAUGUCUACCAUUCCGGUGGUCCUGCUGACAAGAAGACCUUGGUGGGGGCGAUGGUCGCAAGUUUGAACUCCACAUUGACUCGAUACACCUCCAUUGUUCAAACGAAGCAGAAACAAGAGUUGAGUAAAUCCAUGGGGCAGGAUUUGAAAGUUAUUCUACAGCGAUAUCGAGAGUUCAAUCUGAAGCUACCUUCACGGAUUAUGUUUUAUCGUGACGGGGUCGGAGAAGGUCAGCUUGGACAGGUUGCGGAUACUGAAGUUGCCGAUAUCGAGGCUACAAUAGGACACAUCUAUACAGAAGCUGGACUUGAACCCCCAAAAUUGUCAUUUAUCGUGGUCUCAAAGCGAAUAAGCGCUCGCUUUUUCGAAGCUAUUCCGGGAGGGGGCAACAGGCCGCCGACGUACAACAAUCCUCCGCCUGGCACAGUGGUGGACGAUGUGAUCACACUUCCGGAAAGAUACGACUUUUACCUCGUGUCUCAACUCGCCCGGCAGGGAACCGUGUCGCCGACUUCGUACAACAUUAUCCUAGACCACCCCUCCCUAACUCCAAAGCAAAUGCAGAUCUUCAGCUACAAACUGUGUCACAUGUACUACAACUGGUCUGGCACUGUUUCCGUGCCUUCCGUUUGUCAGUAUGCCCAUAAAUUAGCAUAUCUCACUGGAAUGUCCCUCCUGAGCCCUGCUCACGAGAAAUUGACAAAUCUCCUCUUCUAUUUGUGAGCAGCGAAAUACAUUCCAAUUUCUAGGUUUAAGACUAAUUUUUUUAAUGCAAUAAAUAAUAGCAUAAUAUGCCAUUUAUAUAUUAUAUAGUAUUUCAGAUAACUAUAUGCUAUAACUAUGUAUGUGUCCAGUAUAGUGAACCCUGUGAAGCAUAUUAUUAUUUAAAUAAAGUAUUUUAAGAUUACCUA